UCCUGCUCUCGCGAGAUUUCCGGCCAUAUUUAUAGCGCGCGGGGCCCCGCCCCCCUCCUUUCUGCCCGAGCAGCCGCCGCCAUGAGCAGCAAAGUGUCCCGCGACACCCUGUACGAGGCGGUGAAGGAGGUGCUGCAGGGCAGCAAGACCAAGAAGCGCAAGUUCGUGGAGACGGUGGAGCUGCAGAUCAGCCUGAAGAACUACGACCCGCAGAAAGACAAACGCUUCUCCGGCACCGUCAGGCUGAAAUCAACCCCCCGGCCCAAGUUCUCGGUGUGCUUGCUGGGCGAUCAGCAGCACUGCGAUGAGGCCAAGGCCGUCGACAUCCCGCACAUGGACAUAGAGGCUCUGAAGAAACUCAACAAGAACAAGAAGUUGGUGAAGAAGCUGGCCAAGAAGUACGAUGCCUUCCUGGCCUCCGAGUCCUUGAUCAAGCAAAUCCCUCGAAUCCUGGGUCCAGGCCUGAACAAAGCUGGCAAAUUCCCUUCUCUCCUCACUCACAAUGAGAACCUGGUGGCCAAGGUGGACGAGGUCAAAUCCACCAUCAAGUUUCAGAUGAAGAAGGUGUCCCUGCAGCAUCUUCGACCAGCUCCUGGGAGCAGCAUCACAGCGCAAAGGGCUGCAGCCACCAGAGCGUUCAGCUGCUAACUGGGAAGGAGCAAUUUGCGGUUGAAAGAUCUUAGAGCAAAUGAUUCGGAGGCGAUCCUGAUGGGAGUGCUGAGCACAAUGGCUCGUAAUUAACACUCAUCUCGCAGCGAGCGGGUGACACUUGCAGGGUGGGGCCCUGGUGCCCAGUGGGGCUGUGCAGGCAGCAGUGCUUUGGGGCUCGACUUCAAAACUGAGCUUCGUGGCAGCUCUGCGGAUGUCUGCUCUCUCUGUCAGAGCUGGGAAGGACUCCCUGAAACCAAAACAACCCCAUUUAGGCAUGUUAAUUCUCUGCCAGUGGUCUAAAUGCGACUCCUGGGUAUUGCUCAGAAUUAGCAGCUCUGCUAGCUGAGGUGCGCCCUCGGACUCCAGCUGAUCUGGGCUCGAGGGCACAACAACUGGAAGGACCCAGCGAAUGGGAGAGUUUGCAAAUGCUGCAGUGUUUCAAGCAGCCGAGCUAAUGAUAUCCUGACACUUCCCUUGUCAGCUCGCUCGUAAAUCCUUUUGUCUUCGGCCUGUGGGGAGCGUUGCCUUGCGAGCUGC